AUGGCGAGGAACCAGGAAAAGGCGCAGUCGACCCUCUACCGGUUCCGGCAGGCGCAGGCCGCCGAGCUAGGGCUCGCGCGUACGUCGGACCGAAGGCCUCGGAUGGCGAGCAGCGUGACAAACCUACGCGAUUGCGAAAAGUGGCGGUCCGAGGUCUUGCGCGAGAUCUCGAGAAAGGUGUCCAAGAUCCAGGACUUCAACCUCUCCGACUUUGAGGUGCGAGACAUCAACGAUGAGAUCAACAAGCUCAUUCGAGAAAAGAGCCAUUGGGAGAAUCAGAUUUUGGCGCUGGGCGGAGCAAACUACAAGCGGGGAACAAGGAUGUUUGAUGACUCUGGAAAGGAGGUUCCAGGGAGUCGAGGGUACAAGUACUUUGGUCGAGCCAAAGACUUGCCGGGCGUCAAGGAGCUUCUUUCACGAACCGCGGAGCAAGAAGAGGAGAUAGAGUCGUAUAAGAGUCAAAAAUAUCGACGCUUCGCCAAUCAGCCUGCUUGGUACUACGGUGACCACGAUGAGGACGACGGUCAGGUGCUUGCAAGCGAAGCUGCUGCCGAGGAAGCUGCGUGGCGGGAUGGCUGGCAAGAGAUUAAGGAGGAUCUGGCGGCCGAUGGUGAAGGGCAAGAGGCGGCUUUCCCAGCUUUCCCGAGAACAAAGCCAAAAAGUCUGAAGGAGAUCCAGGAAGAGGGGAGCAUGGCCCCGCAGAAUACACCUAAGGCACCAAAAGGCAAGAGGAAAGCGCCGAAGCAAGCUAAGAAGUCAAAGAAAUCAAAAGGCCAAGAUGGGGAUGCUCAUGAGGAUACAAGGGAAGGCGAUGAGGGGGAAGAGGAGGAAGAGGAGGAAGAAGGGCAAGGAGGAGACGAUGAAGAGAUGCUGGAUGGCAGAGCAGCGCCAAAGGCCACGGGAGAUGCUGCGAGAGCAGCGGCUAUGCUUAGCGUGCUUGAUGCCAGGGAGAUUCAGAUGCCCGAGGUGCCAGACCGAGCAAAGACCGAGGCAUUCAUCCUUCAGGCUAGGAAAAGAGCGCUGCGCGAGCAGUACAUUGGAUCGUCCUGA